AUGGAUCCUUCACCUACAAGAAACUUGUCCACAUCAAAACUCAACCGAUCCUCUCCGACAACAAUGAGGCCGGGCACUUCCUCCCUUGGCUCAUCUGCUACCCUAUCGACGCCGGACCAGAAAAAGCCCAAACUCACGAUGCCAACCCCUCCAACCACUCCCUCAUCGUCUCCCUCCACUGCUUCCCCUCGGACAUGUCCGAGUCUGUAUUCCCGCUCUUCCUCCCUUAACUCACUGACAUCAUCGUCCCACCACCAGCCCACCAGAAGCCUCUCUCAGUUGGGACGAUCUCAGCUCAACGCUGCCUCUACAGGAAGUCCCCUCAAUGGAUCUGCGGUACCAAAGCCACCUGCUUCACCUGAACCAGACGAGCCGGAAGAGGAGUUCAGUUUUGAAGAUUUGGAGGAGAAAGCAAAGUCAGGUGACGCUAAAGCACAAACAAAGAUGGGUCGUUACUUUCUAGCCCUGGCAGAGGAGAGCGAUGAAGAACUGAAUAACUGCACAGCGGUCACGUGGCUGGUCCAAGCUGCCAAACAUGGCCGCAAGGAUGCCGUCAAACUGCUGCAGCAAUGCUUAGCUUCCAGGAAAGGCAUCACUUUGGAGAACUUUGAGGAGGUGAAGAAGUUGUGCACGGAGACACGUUUUGAGAGGGGAGUCAGGAAGGCGGCUCUGCUCAUGUACUGGAAGCUGAAUCCGGAGAAGAAGAGGAACGUGGCCGUUUCUGAGCUGCUGGAGAAUGUUGAGCAUGUGCACGCAGAACCAGGUCCACUCAACAGUUCUGCCAAGAAGCAAAGGCGAGUUCUGGAGACCAUGGUCACCAGUGAGGCCAGUUCCCACGUGGGUCUUGAGGAUUUUGUGGAGAUGACAAAGCGAUACGCCCGAGGGAUUGCACCGUCACCAGUCAUGGCUGCUGCAGCAGAUGAUGACGAUGAUGAUCACGUGGUGGUAAAACAUCCUGACGAGCUGCCUCUACAUCAGAAGAUGUUGAAGUUUCCUCUGUAUGCCCUGCUGGAAAUAAAGGAGCACCUCAUCGACUGGGCGUCGCGAGCUGGCAUGCAGUGGCUCAGCGCCCUGAUCCCAACUCAUCACGUCAACGCACUUAUCUUCUUCUUCAUCAUCUCCAACCUCACAAUUGAGUUUUUCAUCUUCCUCAUCCCUGUGCUGGUUUUCUACCUCUCCUUCUUCUCCAUGGUCAUCUGCACUCUGCGUGUAUUCCAGAAUUCAAAGGCGUGGGAAAAUUUCCGGGCCCUCACAGACCUGCUGGCUCACUUUGAACCUGGUCUUGAUCUGGAGCAGGCGGAGACCAACUUUGGGUGGACGCACUUGGAACCUUAUCUGUACUUCCUGCUCUCUGUAGUCUUUGUUGUUUUCUCCUUCCCUGUUGCUGAUAAAUCUUGGAUUCCCUGCUCGGAGCUGGCGGCCAUCGCCCUCUUCUUCACCAUCACAGCCUUCCUCAGCCUCCACGCCUCUGCUCAGCUCUUCGCCCGUAAAGCCCUUCUCACAGAGGUCCUCUCUGGAGCGUGCUCUCUCACUCAGCUGCUGCCAGAGUCCCUCUGGUUCCUCCGGAUGUUUGGGACGACGUUUCUCACACUGCCUCUGGGAGAUCUCAUGGUGUUAAAUGUGGGUGUGCCAUGCCUCCUGUAUGGAUAUCUUUUUUAUCUCUUUUUCCGCAUGGCCCAGCUGAGAGGCUUUAAGGGAACCUACCUGUGCCUGGUGCCUUACCUGGUUUGUUUCACCUGGUGUGAACUUUGCUUGGUGUUCCUCAAUAACGCCACAGCCAUAGGACUCAUUCGGACCGGCGUGGGCUACUUCCUCUUCAUAUUUGCCCUUCCUAUCAUCUCACUGGGCAUAGCUGCGAUGCUGAUGAUCCAGUUGGUGCAGUGGUUUCUCACCCUAGAACUGACCAAGAUGGCGGUCACAUUGACCGUCUGCUCUGUUCCGGUCGUGCUGAAGCUUUGGACUCGCUUCAGCCUCAACCCCAUCGUGGUUCUUCGGUCGUUGUCUCGGAGCAGCAUAGUGAAACUCAUCCUGGUGUGGCUGAGCGCGGUCGUGCUCUUCUGCUGGAUGUACGUCUACAGGUCCGAAGGCAUGAAGGUGUAUAACUCCACCCUGACGUGGCCUGAAUACAGCAACAUCUGCGGUCCUUUGGCGUGGAAGGAGUCCAACAUGGCCCAAACUCAAAUCCUCUGCUCUCAUCUUGAAGGGCAUCGGGUCACCUGGACCGGACGUUUUAAGUACGUCCGUGUAACCGACAUCGAGAAUGGACCGCAGUCGGUGAUCAACCUGCUGCCGGUCUUCGUGGGGGACUGGAUGCGUUGUCUGUACGGGGAACCCUAUCCACAGUGUGAUGAAGCUAAAACCACCGCCGAACCCUAUCCUGCCCGGGCUCCUCCUCAAGAAGAUCCACUCUGUAAGCUUAAAAAACUGGCCAAGCAUCGGUGCCACGUCAAACGGUUCGACCGAUACAAGUUUGAAGUUACGCUGGGCAUGCCGCUCGAGCGGAAGACCAGGAACGGGACAAUCAUAGAGGACGAGGACGCAACUAAGGACAUCGUUCUGCGGGCAAGUAGCGAGUUCAAGUUUGUGCUUUUACACUUGAACGCAGGCAGCCUGGUGGAGUUCAGCACCAUACUGGAGGGUCGACUAGGCUCCAAGUGGCCCGUGUUUGAACUGAAAGCCAUCCACUGCAUUUCGUGCGGCGACGCCCGCGUCCUCAGCCGCAGACAGUACAAGAUCGAGCACGACUGGAGGCGCACGGCUCAAAACGCCCUCCAGUUCGGCUUCGACUUCUUCUUCAACCCCUUCCUGACCGCUCGGCUGGAGGAGCACUCGGAGGUGGAGACUGAAACAGCGAUACAGGAGAACGGGUAGAGGGGACGCACAUUUUCGAGAAAAGAUGCCCCGUCGUGAUACAACUACUUUAAGAACGCUAAUGAUUGUAAACACUGCUCUUAAUCGCAGUUUUACAGAGACAGAC